AUGAAAGUUCUUGUAAAAGAUUAUAAGAAUACGAGGAAGCCUCCUAGGUGCACAAUCAAGGUGGAUAUAAGGAAAGCUUACGAUACUGUUAAAUGGCCUUUUAUUGAGAACAUGUUGUCUGCUCUGGGUUUUCCUGUCAUGUUUAUAAAAUGGGUCAUGGCUUGUGUUACCUCUCCCACUUACUCAAUAAUGAUUAAUGGGGGUAGUCAUGGUUUCUUUAAGGGAUCUAGAGGUAUUAGACAAGGGGAUCCCUUUUCUUCCCUACUGUCUAUCUCCCUUCUUACUAGGGCUCUUAAAACUUUUCAUUUGGUCUCGGGUCUUCAAGUUAAUGAGGAGAAAACAACCAAAAUGUUUGGUAAUGUUCAAGAUACUGUGAAAGAAGAGAUUCUGCAAAGAUCAGGGUUUGUUGAAAGCCAAUUUCCUUUUAGGUAUUUAGGGAUCCCUCUCAAUUCUAAAUACCUUAGAGUGAGUGAUUUUGAUGGUCUCAUUGAUAAAAUGAUGGCUAAGGUGCAUUGCUGGUCUAGUAGACACCUGUCUUAUGGCUGUACUUCCGUCUCCAAAUGCCCCCCUAUAUCCUGGGAGUGGGUUUGUAAACCUAAGGAUACAAGUGGACUUGGCAUCAGAAAUUAUUCACUGUGGAAUAAGGCAGCUUUAGGUAAACAAGUUUGGAAAGUUGCUUGUAAGAAGGAAUUUUUGUGGGUUAAAUGGGUUUAUGCUGUUUAUGUUAAGGAUAAAAAUUGGGAAGGCUAUGAAUGGCUACAGGGUGACCUAUCUGCUGUCAGUUGGACUAAAUGGAUUUGGAAUAAGGUCAAUAUUCCAAAACACUCUUUCAUAGCUUGGUUGGCUGUUCAUGACAGAUUAAGAUUGAGAGAUAGGUUGUGCAGGCUGGGAAUUUGUAAUGAAGAGGCCUGUUUGUUAUGUGGCUCGGAACCUGAGACCUUGCAGCAUUUGUUCUUCAAGUGUAGAUACAGUAAGGCUUGCAUGGUUAAUAUUUGUACCUGGAUUGGUAUAAGGUUCAGAACAUGUAAUAUUGAAGAAGCUUGGAAAAUGUGGAUUAGAGGUGUCAAAGACCAGACAAAGAGGAAGGUUUUGCUAGCUACUCUCAUUGCUUUACUGUAUCACGUUUGGCUUGCUAGGAACCAUUCCUAUUGGCAAAAGGCUGUGAUCCACCCUCAAAAACUAUGCAGGGUUAUCAGAUUGGAAGUUAUUGACAGAAGCCAGCAAUUGAUUAAUAGUUCAUGGUCUAGAGCUCAAGUCAAAUGGUUGUUUAAGCUUAAACAGUCUGUUUAG